AUGAUCUUGAACAUUGGAAGCGAUACAAUAUUGGUCUCGGAGUGGAAAAACCAAUAUAUAGAUUUCGAGUUUGGCAAAAAAUUACUCGAAGAAUUGGCGUAUACUAUACUGCCAUGGUCCGAUGUCAUAAGGGUUGAUGAGUCGACCCCUCUUAGACAUGCGGUCAGUUUGUACACCACUGUAAAGAGAGGUUCUCAGAAUGGUUUUAUAUCCGAAGAGACUGGAAGUUCAUCAGAAACACCUUUGGUGAUUAGAAAUGAUAACAGAACCCUUCUACAAAAAGGAAAACUUGACACCGCUGCCAUUGGACCAAAGACUUUUGCUGAUUGGUUUAGUGGCGAACUCCUCAAAGCGGAAGCUUUUUAUGUUCAGAAAGAACAAGAGCUCAUGGAUCGGUUUUUGCUACUACAAGAUCAAUUUUGCAUGCUCCGUGAACAACGAGAUUGCUCAAAAGACCAAGCAAAGAACCAGAACCAAACGCAUCGAAAAGUGGCAAAUUCCAAGCAAUCCCUCAAGACUACUAAAUCUACCAAGUCCACCAAAAGUUCUAGUGAUCUGGAAUCGCUACCAGAUUGCGAGACCGAAGCAAGGACUUCUUUACCGUAUACGAUGCAUAUUCGGGCCCAUGUUGAGCAGUUACCUCAUUGUAGACCACCGCUGAAACUGGAUCUCUACAGUUUAGAAGAGUCCUCGAGCACAGUGGAUCGGAGUGUUUUUCAUGAAGGUUAUAGCGAACCACUCGGAGCAACUUCCUCAGGCUAUGAAGAAAUGAGUCGUGGCUUUGAAACUAUGGAUAAAGAUGAAUUGGAAUCGAUGAGACUGAAGCACAAUAGUCAUGUCAAGUUACAUCAUGCUGAGGAACAACUAAAGAGUGCCAUCUUCGAGUACUAUAGAUCGAUCAUAUUGUUGCAGUCGUAUGUGAACUUGAACCGAACCAUCGUCCAGAAACUAGAAACAGAAUUCUUCAGGGUCAUAAAUAGCUCCAAGUACAACGAAAACGUUUGGAGCAGAAGCACGAAACUAGGUUUCGAAACUAAUGAUUUAUUGGACAAAUUAGUCGCUCAGACCAAGGCAUUGUACGGUGAAAAUUAUGGACAAACAGCUGCUGACCGCAAGACAACGUUUGAAAAUCUAAGAAGACAUUAUUACUCUUUCAACAACCUUGCUGUACUGAAGCCGUUUUAUCAUUCAUUGUUCACUUUUUUUGCUUUGUUUGUAGUUGGGGUUUCUGUGUUUGCUUUUACAGCAAGGCUUGCUUGGAACUCAUGGGUAUCGGGGCAGAAUGCCGAGGGAAAGUUUCUUGUGCAAAUAUGGGGAGGCAUUUUUCUUGUUGAGCUCAUGAUAAUUCUUUUUGGCAUUAACAUAUAUGUGUUUGAUUGGCUUGGUAUCAAUUACAGGCUAAUUUUCGAUAUGGAUUUCUCCACGGCCCUCAACAACGAGCAGUUCAUGAGUCUAGCAUGCUUGGGAUUUGGCUUAGUGUUCUUUUUUGGGUGCUUUGGCCUUGGAAGCCUAUGGCCCAGCAUCUUGCUGGGAACCUUAUGUCCAUGGUUGUUCCUCGUUACCGUACUGGUUUUGCUAUUUUGGCCAGGAAAUCACUUGUAUGGUUCCAGUAGGCGAUGGAUGCGAAAAGCGGCAUGGAGGCUACUUCUUUCAGGGUAUUAUCAUGUUGAAUUUCGAGAUUUCCUCUUGGGAAACAUUCUAUGCUCUUUGGCUUACAGUGCCAGCCACAUUCCAUUUUUCUUCUGUGCAUAUUCACACCACUGGUCUGGCAUGUUGGAAGACAGCAAAAACACCUGUUCACCAGCCAACUCUAGUGCCAUGGGAUUUUUCAGCGCUUUACCAGCCAUUUGGCGGCUCCUUCAAUGUGCUCGUCUUUUCAAAGACACAGGUGACUGGUUUCCUCAUUUUGCAAACAUGUUCAAGUACUUUGUUUCCGCCGUAUACUAUCUCUUAUUGGGUGCGUACCGCAUGGACAGAUCUGAGAGAAAUCGAAUUGCCCUUAUUUCGGGUGCUUUACUCAAUUCCCUUUACGCCGGCUCAUGGGAUACGUUCGUUGACUGGUCGUUGAUGCAACCCCAAUCCAAAAACUUUCUUUUGAGAGAUACCUUACUUUUUAAGAGACCUUCCAUCUACUAUUGUGCCAUCUUUGCCAAUUUCACUAUAAGGUUUCAAUGGGUUUUUUAUGUUUUUUUUGGCGCCCAAGUUCAACAAUCUGCACUAGUCGCCUACAUUAUUGCGGUUGUUGAGGUUAUACGAAGAUUCAUCUGGGUUUUUUUCCGUAUAGAAAAUGAGCACAUUACGAACCUUGCCCUCUCGAAAGCAUACCGUGAGGUACCAUUGCCUUAUUUGCCAAGCUCACAAAUAGACAACAGAAUCUUGAAACAUGUGGACCCAUCUUUUAUGAACGCUUUAUCCACGGGAAAGACUAAUGAAGGCUCAAAUUUGACCAUGAGUUCACUGCCUAUUGGUAUUGGCGAGAUAUCGGAGAUCUCACAUCCACGCCAAGCAGGAAAUCAUUCGACUAGCUUGAAAUCACGGCGUGGUUCUGUAAUUGAAAACAUGAGAGAAGCGAUCAAUAGAGCACAUGUUAAAGAUUUUCAAAGGCAACAGACAUUUGAAGCAGAAGAGGACUAG